AUGCCCCAAACUACCAACGAGCCGCCCGCGGAUUCGGGAACACCAGUCCCGAGGAAACUUGUCCUCUGUUUCGAUGGCACUGGAAACGUGUUCGAGGGCAACACCUCGGAUACCAACAUUGUCAAACUAUACGACAAGUUUGACAGGAAAGACCCCAUGCAGUACCACUACUACCAAACCGGAAUUGGCACAUACACUGUCGAUGGGGGUCCUAUCAACAAGGGUCCCAUUGGUAAAAUCCAGUCGUGGAUCUCUAAAACCAUCGACAACGGUUUUGCUACUACCUUCGAUGCCCAUGUUAUCGCAGGCUAUCGCUUCAUCAUGAAGUACUACAAGGAGGGGGACAAGAUCUAUUUGUUCGGCUUCUCAAGGGGUGCCUUUACCGCCCGCUUCCUUGCGCGCAUGAUAUACAAAGUUGGCCUGCUUUCUGAAGGCAAUGAGGAGAUGGUCCCUUUUGCAUACGAUCUGUAUCAACAGUAUGAGAAAGGCAAGCAACCCAACCCUGAGCAGGAGCAGAAAAAUUCUGCACAAGCAAAAGAGCCAGCCCACAAGGCGACCAAGAGCUCGGAAACUGAGCCCCUCAUCAAUUCCAACAGCGCGGGCGCGGACCAAUAUGUGAAACCCGACGCGCAACAGCUGAAGAAGAACAAGCUUAAUGCUUUCAAAGAGACUUUCUGCCGUGCAGAGGGUGCUGACAAUUCAGGCGUUAAAGUGCACUUCUUGGGCAUAUUUGACUGCGUCAGCAGUGUCGCAGUCUUAGAUAGCCCCUUCGGCAAGCCUCCUAAGGCUGUCUCUGUUUUCGGAACUGCUCGUCACGUUCGCCAUGCCGUCGCUGUUGAUGAGCAUCGCGUCAAGUUCAAAGCAGCGCUGCUCCAUCAAGACCUUCGCCUCCCUGAUGCUGAUAAAGAAAAGAUCAAAGAAGUCUGGUUCCCCGGAAAUCACGGCGACAUUGGUGGAGGAUGGCCAGCUCCGUAUGUUGAAGGCGAGAUCCAACCCAAGCCCUGGUGGCGAAGAGUAUUUCUAUCCUGGAAGGACCCUAUCCCCUCUAAUCGGGGCACGGAUCCCUAUCAGAUGAGCGAUGUGCCUCUUGCUUGGAUGAUCCGCGAGUUGGAGAUGCUAGGAGAAAAGGAUCCAAAAUCAGCAAUCAAAUGGAACUGGAAAAAGAACGGGUUCAAGGAAAACUUCUUCCUGAAAAUACGCCAAGCGUACGAAAGCCCGAUGCAUGACACACUCAAGAUCGGAGGUGGAGCCUCACUGUUCAAAGUCAUGCUGUGGAACUUCAUGGAACGGCUGCCGUUCCGACGUUGGGAAUAUAUAUGGGACAAGAAGGACUCCAAGUACAAGUGGGAUUAUAUUGCAUGGCCAUUGAAUAGGGGAUGGGCACGAGACAUUCCUGAAGGGGCACUUUUGCAUGCCUCUCUUCUGAAGCGACUAGAGAGUGACAGGCAUACAAUGACAGGUGACAAACUUUUGGAGGAAGGUGAGAAGGGUUCGAAGUAUCUUCCGUCCAACAAUCAAGGGGACGAUCAUAUCUCACCUUGUUUGGAGCCUGACAAUUUUAAACCCAAGAAGAAAUCGGAGGAUAAGGGCAGGACAUUUGAGGGCGUGGUUGAGCCUCCUGGUAUCCACAGCAUUUAUAAGCUCAAGAGCCAUGACGGGUAA